UACACUCCCCGCUGACCAGAGAAAACACUCGAUAGCGAGAGGGGAUUUAAAUUGGACAAAUAUUGUCCUCGUUACCUGACGGAUAAGGUGGCUGUCUUUUUUCUCACGCGCUCUGAGGUAAUCCGCUAGUAGCAUUGUUUAACGGCCAGUCUAACAUCGACACGGUGCGACGUUAGCUAGCUUGUAAUGUCGGCACUGUUGGACUUGUUUUCCCCUCUGGACCCCGCUUCCUGUUAGCCUUGGGCUAGCUGAAAAAUCAAAAUUAUGCUAAUGAACGAGCGGGUAUAGUUAGCCAACGCAAAGGGGUGUCACUUUACUACUUAAAGAAGGCUACUCGUUUUAAUUUAGUUGCAAUUUAUCCACGAAUUUAUGCUAAUAACUUUUCACAACCAGCUAUCGGGGCAGCCUUUAGUUUGCUAACGCUCGAGAGCUAGCCAUCUUGUGUUGAGGGAUUUAACUUGACAAGCUUUUAGGGGCAGAGAGCGAGCGAUAUUAACUUCAGCUGCAUGGUAGUAUAUGCAUUGGUAAUGAGCUCACUCGUUUAGGACUCAGUUGCGUGCGACUGAUGCCUUAAAAACACUUUAUUUUAUUGUGGAAAGCCCGACACUGUUCCACUGUGAAAAGACAAUAGAGAACCCGAGACUUGCUCAGCUGUUGUUCUGGCAACGACGAAAACCACAGAAAACUUAGAGAGAAUUGUAUUUUUGGUUACUGUUUUGUUAUUCUGCAUGCUGGUAUAAAUACAGUAUUUUUUCUUAAAUACGUGUGUGCGUUCAUAAAGGGCAAAAUAAACAGCUCGGGGGACAGUGGAUGGAGAGUGUGCAGAUUGUGCGACAUAUGAGGGCAGUGCUUCCCUGAACCCGCUGCUUUCAGGUAUCUCAUCUCAUUAUACUCGAGCUUUAAAUGCCUCUGAAAACACCCGCAGUAGCCGUCAGAGGUAACUAGGUGGAUAGAGAGUAGACGAGAGAGUCUCCAGCCCGUUUCUGGACGUCCAUCUCUCCAGCCUGCCUCCAUCACGUCCAUCCACCACCGCCCUCUCCAGCCAUGGACCCCCCGAGGACUCGGUCGCGGUCUCGGUCUGGCUUCUAUCAUUUCGGCAUGAACGGCAACGUUGGGAGCAACGGUAAUGGCAACGCGGUUGGUAACGGGAGCAUGAUGAACGCCAGCGGAGGAGGGGUGAGCUACCCGCAGCAGAGCAACCCCGGCUGGGCGCCGCACCACGGUGGUCGGAGCUACUCGGAGAGCCAGCAGCAACACACCCAGGGGAGCUACCUGUCCGCAGGGGCGCAGCGCCACUCAUCGCACGGAGCUCACAGACACCCCGGGGCCGGAGGAGUGCUACAUUUUCAUCCAGAUAAUGUGUGCAGCGAGGAUCGGGACAAGAUGGAAGACAGCCCAAGCCCGAAAAGGCAGCGUCUUUCCCAGCAGACCAUGUUGGAUCUAAACUCUGCCCCUCCUUCGACUCCUUCCUCUCCCAUUCGCCCCUGGGAGCUGCCUCCCAGUCGCAGACCACACCCCCACUACAUGCCAGAGAGAUGCCACACGCCUGUUCGUAACCGACGCAGUCCUCCAAUGAGACGCCAGCGUGGCCGGAGAGACCGUCUGACCCGCCACCAUCACCACGCCCACAACAACCACCACCACUACAACAGCAACAACAACCACCACCACCAUCACCACCCUAACGCCCACCACCAUCACCACCACCACCUGCACUCCCAUCAUGGCCCGUCGCCAGGCCACCAGGAUGAGAACUACCGUCACCCAGCUCCGCCUCAAGGCUACCCACCCUACAGCCAGCAACCUCCCCGAGGGCUGGGGCCCGGCCUUGAAGAGCGCCCAGGUCACCAUCCCCCAAAUCCCUCACCGAGGCCCCUGCAUCAGUCACCAAACCUGUCUCCCAGGCUGCUGCACCCUGCAGCCCAUCCACAGCACCCACACCCUCAUCCAUCCCAGCAGAGCAGCGUGGUGCUGGACCUCCACGAGCAGGGUUCAGCUCCAGUAUCGUAUCCUGUGUCUCCUCCGGGAGCGCCACCAGGCCUACCGCCUCGCUCCGCCCCUCAGCAGAUCCCAGCGUGCUCAGUUGUCUUCAGUGGACAGCACUAUCCCGUCUGCAGUGUCCCUCCUCCUGUCCUUCAGACUUGUUCUGUGCAGCACUUACCCAUGCCCUACCCGUUCCCAUCACUGCUGUCCAGUGAUCCGGCCUUCCUGCUCCCCCCUCCUCACCUCCCCCACCCCCCAGCACACCUUUCCCACCACCCUCCUCACCUUCCUCAGCCUGGACAGUUUGGACCCUAUCCAACGCAGCAGGCCCGAUCACCGUUACAGAGGAUAGAGAAUGACGUGGAGCUGCUCGGAGAACACCUGUCUUUGGGUGCUGGGCUCCACUAUCCUCCCGCCACCCACCCUGCCCUCACACCGCACUCCACACAGCUUCACUUCCUCUCCCAUGACCCUCUGCCACAGGAGUUUUUCGGAGUGUCCUAUCCAAACUUUAUUCCUCGGCGUCUCCCGGGGCGACGGUACCGCUCACAGCAGCCACUGCCACCUUCGCCUUACCACCCCAGCCUCCUGCCUUACUUCCUAUCAAUGCUGCCAGUCCAGCCCACAGGUCCUGCAAUCAGUCUGGAGCUGGAUGUAGAUGAUGGAGAAGUGGAAAAUUAUGAGGCCCUCCUGAACCUCGCUGAGCGUCUAGGAGAGGCCAAACUUCGAGGACUGACCAAGGGAGACAUUGAACAGCUUCCUUCCUAUCGGUUCAAUCCAAACAACCAUCAGUCUGAACAAACACUGUGUGUGGUGUGUAUGAGUGAUUUUGAGUCCCGCCAACUGCUGCGAGUCCUGCCCUGCAGCCACGAGUUUCACGGGAAGUGUGUUGACAAAUGGCUGAGGGCCAACAGGACAUGUCCCAUUUGUCGGGCCGAUGCCUCAGAGGUCCAGAGAGACUCAGAGUGACCACAUGAGGGAGCCAGACCCUUGUAAUUGUCUGUCAAACAUGUUCAGCACUCCCUGCUCCUGAUAUAUUGAUACACAUGUAUGUGCUUACACACACACACACACACACACACACACACCACUCCUUGUGUUUUUGUGCAGCACUCUCUGCUUGUUUGUCAUCCUUUCGAUCCUUAUCCCCUCUCCCUCACGUUUGAUCUUAAUUUUUAGCCAGCAGUUAUCUUUAAGUAAAUUACACCCCACCUGACCACUAUUCUGCUGUGGUGUGUGUGUGUGUGUGUGUGUGUGUGUGUGUAUGUGUGUAUGUGUGUGUGUAUGUGUAUGUGUGUGUGUGUGUGUGUGUGUGUGUGUGUGUGUGUGUGUAUAUACACAUGCAUGCACCACAACUGUGCAAGCGUUGUUUGGUCAGCCCUGUAAUGCUGGGCUGUGGUACAAGACAGUGUGUGUUUUCAGUAUGUGUGUGUGUAUGUGAGAGAGAUUUUUAGGUGUCUCGGAGCAUGCCUGAGUUUCUGUUGUGUACCGGACAACAGUAACAAUAUAGGAGAGUUUUUGCUCUCAUGAGUGACUGACUUUACUUCCUGUUUGUACGUUUAUGCACUGUCUGUCUGUAUGCAUACUCUGUGUGUGUGUAUGUUAUAGACUUAAAUCCUUUUCUCUAGUUUGACACUAAGGGUCCAUGCUGCCACUAUAUUUCUCGGUUGCCUAUUUGAUCCAUUUGUUUCAGUAGAUUAUUAUUAUUAUUAUUAUUAUUAUUGUUAUUAUUAUUACUAGACCAUUAUAAGUGAUUGUUUUCCUGCCUGGCAGUUACCUCAUCAUUCCGGUUUUGAUCAUCUUUCAUUACGAGCGCUUCAUGGCACUACUUUUGAAAUUAAGCACAUUAUAUAUUUUUCUUCUUCCUUUCUUUUCUUAGUAAGAAUAAGUUUGUCUGUGACUUUGCAGUGGCACACGUGUUACAUAUAUACAUAUAUCUAUAUAUACUGUAUAAAUCUAUGAAUAUCUGUAUACCAAAUAAAAGGCUUGAUAUGAACUUUUUAAACUUA